AUGUCCACUGUGUUAGUGUACAGCCUUUUAAUCAGAAGUCUUAACAAAGUGGACACUGUCUCCACAAACAUAAAGAGCCCUGGUGGUGGUCCUGGUCACAUCAAACCAGCCAUAAAGAGACCAUUUGCUUCUCCAGAGGGCCGUGAUGCUCAGACUGAGUCUGGUGCAGAUAGCCAACCAAAACGCAGUACUCUGAGCAGCAGCUGUUCAGUCUGUGGAAAGCAUGUUCACUUGGUUCAGAGGAUCCUUGUUGAUGGCAAACUUUAUCAUCGGAACUGCUUCAGAUGUAAGGAAUGCAGCAGAACUUUACUGCCUGGAUCUUACAAGUUCACAGAGGAUCCUGGAUCAUUGGUUUGCACACACCACUUCACCAGAUCUGCCUCAGAUGCCAAUCAGAAUGGUCAUUCAGAUAUGAGUAAUAAACUAGCCACACUAACCUCAACAAGCCCAGAAGACCGAAACAAUAGGAGUUUAGAAUCUAAAGCAUCACACAGCGAUGCUGAGAUCACCCCGGAGAGAGAGGAAGAGGAAAUAACUGAAAUAGAAAAAGCAUCAAGCAAGCAGCCAGAUAGCAGAUCAGAAGUCGAGACAGAGCACGGAGUGCCUUGUUCUUCUAGUCUGCCAAAUCCCUUUGAUGAAUCUGAAGAGGAGGAUCAGGACACACAACAAGAAGACCACAAGCCAGCCGCUAGUGGGGCCAAUGGUGAUGAGCCAACAACGUCAGUGAAGAGUACAGCAGCAGAGGGUCGACCGGUUCCAGCACCUAGACGGGUAUUUGAGCCCACCCCUGCUCCUCGCCCUGUCCCCAGACCACGCCCACCCAGACCCUCUGUCAAUGGAGUUUCUGACACUCAAAUUUCUCAAGUUCCCGUGGCAAGAGAAAGAUUGCACUCACCUGCUCGCUCUAACAAGGCCAAUGACACUCCUAAACCAAAAGACCCACCCUGGCUGGCUCUUGUCCAAUCAGAAACCAAAAAGAAACCAGCACCUCGCCCACCCACAGGUAUAGCUGUACCUCCCUGCACUGGUUCAUCUCCUUCUCUAAAGGAGGAGGAAUCAAGGCCAUCCUCUCCUCCAAAUCCCUUUGAUGAUGAGGAAGAGGAGCCAGAAACGACUCCUGAAGAUCCCCCUGGUCCUGUGGUGGCUAGUCACCCUUGGUAUGGGAUUACCCAGGCUGCUGAAAUCACAGCUGGGGACACAAGAAGACAAAGUCCUGCCCCUUCUGAAAGUCCUGUAAGUGUCCGAAGGAAGAAGCGACCAGCACCCAAAGCUCCGAAUUCUUCUCUGUCAGUAUUUUUUUAUAACAACCAUUUGGCGUUUGAGGUUGCUGAGAGUGAGUUGGGUAUUCCAGCCCUGCUGGAUCCAGAAGACAUGGUGUCCAUGAGUGUGCCUGACAGAUUGAGCAUCAUCACCUAUGUAUCUCAGUAUUACAACUACUUCACCAACAAAUCUCACACUGUCUCCACAAACAUAAAGAGCCCUGGUGGUGGUCCUGGUCACAUCAAACCAGCCAUAAAGAGACCAUUUGCUUCUCCAGAGGGCCGUGAUGCUCAGACUGAGUCUGGUGCAGAUAGCCAACCAAAACGCAGUACUCUGAGCAGCAGCUGUUCAGUCUGUGGAAAGCAUGUUCACUUGGUUCAGAGGAUCCUUGUUGAUGGCAAACUUUAUCAUCGGAACUGCUUCAGAUGUAAGGAAUGCAGCAGAACUUUACUGCCUGGAUCUUACAAGUUCACAGAGGAUCCUGGAUCAUUGGUUUGCACACACCACUUCACCAGAUCUGCCUCAGAUGCCAAUCAGAAUGGUCAUUCAGAUAUGAGUAAUAAACUAGCCACACUAACCUCAACAAGCCCAGAAGACCGAAACAAUAGGAGUUUAGAAUCUAAAGCAUCACACAGCGAUGCUGAGAUCACCCCGGAGAGAGAGGAAGAGGAAAUAACUGAAAUAGAAAAAGCAUCAAGCAAGCAGCCAGAUAGCAGAUCAGAAGUCGAGACAGAGCACGGAGUGCCUUGUUCUUCUAGUCUGCCAAAUCCCUUUGAUGAAUCUGAAGAGGAGGAUCAGGACACACAACAAGAAGACCACAAGCCAGCCGCUAGUGGGGCCAAUGGUGAUGAGCCAACAACGUCAGUGAAGAGUACAGCAGCAGAGGGUCGACCGGUUCCAGCACCUAGACGGGUAUUUGAGCCCACCCCUGCUCCUCGCCCUGUUCCCAGACCACGCCCACCCAGACCCUCUGUCAAUGGAGUUUCUGACACUCAAAUUUCUCAAGUUCCCGUGGCAAGAGAAAGAUUGCACUCACCUGCUCGCUCUAACAAGGCCAAUGACACUCCUAAACCAAAAGACCCACCCUGGCUGGCUCUUGUCCAAUCAGAAACCAAAAAGAAACCAGCACCUCGCCCACCCACAGGUAUAGCUGUACCUCCCUGCACUGGUUCAUCUCCUUCUCUAAAGGAGGAGGAAUCAAGGCCAUCCUCUCCUCCAAAUCCCUUUGAUGAUGAGGAAGAGGAGCCAGAAACGACUCCUGAAGAUCCCCCUGGUCCUGUGGUGGCUAGUCACCCUUGGUAUGGGAUUACCCAGGCUGCUGAAAUCACAGCUGGGGACACAAGAAGACAAAGUCCUGCCCCUUCUGAAAGUCCUGUAAGUGUCCGAAGGAAGAAGCGACCAGCACCCAAAGCUCCGAAUUCUUCUCUGUCAGCUUUUCCUUCAUCUCAGACUUCCUCUCCUGCUUCUUCUUUAGCUCUGAGCACAGAGAGCCUGUCCUCCUCUUCCUCAGACCACAGUGCAGUCCCCCAGCAACCUGCUGCUAAUGAACAGGACCAUUUGUUUACCAAGAGUGUGUCUGAACCAUCAAUCAACGCUCCUGCUUCUGCCCUGUCCCAAAAAACUAAGCUUCAACCUCACUUUUCUCCAAACCUGCCUCCUCCACCACCACCUACCAGUACCAACUCAGCACCAGCUACUCCACAAACCAAUCGCAGUGUGAGACCACCACUGUUCCCCUCUUCACACACACCCAGCACUCCAGGCAAGCGCACUUGUAAAGAGAAUCCAUUUAAUCGAAAGACAACCACCUCUGUCAGCUCUUCUGUAUCCAGACCCCCAAAAGGGUCCCGUCCUGCACGACCUCCUGCUCCUGGACAUGGAUUUCCUCUCAUUAAGCGAAAAGUACAGUCAGACCAGUACAUCCCAGUUGAAGACAUCCAUGUAGAGAUGAGUAAUCUGGAGAAACGGUUGGAUGAAUUAGAGCAUAGAGGGGUGGAUCUGGAGAAGAGCUUACGAGAAUGUUCAAAUGAUGAUGAGGAGGAACAUCUACUUGUUGACUGGUUCACUUUGAUUCAUGAAAAGCACUUACUGGUACGGAAAGAGGCUGAACUGGUCUACACAGCCAAGCAGCAGAACCUGGAGGAGAGGCAGGCCGAUGUGGAAUAUGAGCUUAGAUGUUUACUUAACAAGCCAGAGAAGGAAUGGACAGCUGAAGACAAAGACAGGGAAAAGCAAUUGAUGGCAGAACUUGUCACGAUAAUUGAGCGGAGGAACCAGAUUGUUAACAGCAUAGAUCUGGACAGACAGAGGGAGGAGGAGGAAGACAAACUAGUAGCUGAUAUGCUAAAGAAAAAAGAGUUUCAUGGGCCGGGUGAGCAGAAGAAGAAAGCAGGGAAGUUUAAGCCCAUGAAGGUUUUGAAGAGACUGAGCACCAAGAAUGAAGGAGUAAAGGACAACAGUCCCCGAAAAGAGAACAGCUGAAGGGUAAACUUACUGAAGGAAAAAGAAACAAAAAAGAUAUACUAAAAAGAUUUACUAAAUGCUUUUAAGUCUAAUUAACGCUUUUGAAUAUAUUGCUAUAAAACAGAGCCAGUUAAGUUAAAUUUGUCUUUGAGGUAGUAGCAGCUGAACUGAUCUACUGCAGUACAUUAAAGUAAAAAAGUAACACUGUCUUGGUCAGAUACGACAAUUUGGCUCAGCCAAAUAUAUAAUCUUACUUUAAUCUCUACAGUACAUUUUGAAGUAAAAGAAAACUGAUACUGAAUGUGAUUAAGACAUGACAUUGAGAGUCCCAAAUUUUAACACACACCUUUCUUUUAAACUCAUCGUUAGUCAUAGGAAGAGCUCAACAGGAAGCCCAUUAGAUAGUAUGACAUUUAUUUUUGCCAAACUUAAUUUAAUCUUGUUCUCUGAGUUUAUAUUUAUUUAUAAAUGGCAUGGAGGUACUGCUACUUGUGUUUCUGUUCACACUGAAGAGUUUAAAAAAAGCACUUUUUUUGUGAAUCUUUUCAGGUGACAUUCAGCCCUUUCAUUUGAUUAACAAAGCUUUGUUGAGAUGAAAGCAGAAAUGAAUUACCAAUCUUGCAGUCUAUAAUAUUGCGAAGAGAGAGUGAAAUGCUUUUCCAUCUCAUGAAUGCUUUGUGAUUUUUUUGAGUAAGAGGGAUUUGGUGUUUUUUGUCUGCCUGGGUUUGGAUGCACCAGCUGUGCUUAGUAAAAAAAAAAGAAAGAAAGAAGAAGCCUAGUUUAAAAUGGGCAUUGAGUUACAGUUUACGCCGUAUUAAAUAUUCGACCAAUAAACUUGGUUCAAACAUAACUGAACAUAGAUAUAUACAAAAUAUACACUAAAUAAUGAUGGAAGCCUCCGACCACAUAGCAGAUUUUUAAAUUGCAUCAAUAAGCUCAUGUUUUACCUGACAGAAUACAGUGCUUUAGACAUGUUUGUGUUGACAUUUACAUUUGUUUACAUUUUAAAAAAGAGAAUGUUAUGUGAAUAACUGACUUGGAGCUCUCCAGCACUUAAGCAGAUCUAAACCGCGCACCUGUGUGCAUCGCACUGUGUGCAUCGCUCUGUGCCAAAAACAAAAAACAGUAUUGCCUCAGUAUUUAUUUAUUGCUCCUUAUUUUGUCAUUUACAGUGUUACUUACAAUGUUAUUUACAGAACAGUCUUAGAAACUUAAUUUUAGCAUUAGUUACAUGAGGCAAAAGAAAUUGGAAUCAAUUUCAAGAAGAUAAACUGAAGUUGGCGCAGACAGCCUUGUGGGCAGCGCGCCAACAUAUAGAGCCAUUGCGCUACGGGCGUCCCGAGUUCAAAUCCCAGCUUGAGGACCUUUCCAGAUCCCACCCCCUUUCUCUCUCCCCCACUUCACUUCCUGUCACUUCUGCACUGUCCUAUAGUAAUAAAGUAAAAAACCGCUGAAAAUAAAUCUUUAAAAAGAAAAAAAUUGAUAAACUGAAAAUCGCACUUCUGCUCAUGAAUUUGAAAGCUGAUGUUGAAUUAAAGUAGACAAUGCAUUAAUUUUAUGAUUUACUAACAUCUGCUUUCAGUACCAAAUUACAAAGUGUGUGGACUUUAUGUUCCAGUUUAAGCAAGAACUCAUGAACAGCUGGUGCAACCAUACCCUGGACAACAUUUUUAUAUGAUUAAUAUUGAUUUAUACAUCACCUGGCCAAAAAAAAAAAAAAAAA